AUGCCCCUUGUUUCAAUGACGGCCGUGCAGAUUUGCCAUGGCCAUGUCAAAUCCAAUGGCGAUAUUCGAGACGGUGCGGCGAGUUGCGAUGCCAAUGGGGCGCCUGCCCUCUCUGUGCUUGUUGCUAGCUUCCUGCCGCCCAUCGACCUCGGCACCUGGCGCCGCACGGCGCGCGCGGCCGCGGCGACGAGCCGCUCGGUGCCACGUCCAGCGCUGUGGGUGCUUGGCGGCACGGCGCCCCCGUCGCUGGCGAGCGUGGAGGGAUGGGAUGAGGAGGCAGAGAGGCCUUUUGAGAGUGUGCCAACGGUGCUGAAUUCGGAGCCCUUCUACCGAGACGUCCUGAAUUCUGGAGCCAUCGAACAGGUCGCCUCGCUGGAGGACCUGUACCUGCUCGGCGGCGUCGGUGGCCCCCGGGAGGCCUUCCGCUGGAAUGGACAACGUUGGAUUGAGCGCCUGGGAUUGAGUGUUCCGGGUGAGCUCCCGGAGGAGGCAUGGCGCCAGGCUGUCUCCUGGGCCUCUUAUCUCUACGUGCUGGGCGGCGCCGGCAACGCGAACGCCUCCAACCGGCCGCUGGCCCAUUGCAGCCGAUGGGCACCGCAGGCCGCCUCUUGGGAAUCGAUCCCCGCCAUGUCCUGUGGUCGUGCCGCCCUGGCGGCCGCGGCUCCGCUGGGCCGUGGCGUGGUGGCCACGGGCGGUGGCCCGGGCGAGCGCCGGUGCGAGCGCUUCGAUGAGACGGCCUGGUGCUGGAGACCGGCGCCCGCCAUGGCGCUAGGCCGGCAGGGCCAUGCGGCAGUGGCCGUGGAAGGUCACCUGGUGGUCCUGGGGGGCCGAGCUCAUGGGCGUCCCAGUGCUGCCGUGGAGAUUUGGUUGUCGAACGCGAAGGCUUGGGUGCCCUUGGCACCUUUGCAGCUGCGAAGGUGCAACCCUGCAGCUGCCGUCCUCUCUGGGCACAUCUACGUUUGCGGUGGCAAUGAUGGAGCGCGGUCCUUAAGCGCGGUCGAGCGCUUGGAUCUCACCGAGCUCGAUGCGCCGCUGUCCCGUCCCGUGGCGACGUGCCGAUGGGCAUGGCUUCCCAGCUUGCAGGUGGCGCGGAGUGCGGCGCAGGCAGUGGGCCCGUCCCACGGCACCAUGGAUGGACUUGAGAUCCAGUUGGGCUUCGCCACGGAACCGUCGACCUUUGCAGCACAGAACGUCCGAAAGACGCCCAACCGCGUGAGACGCAGCACAGCCCAAACGGCCGAGCCGCCGCGGCGCGGGGACGGAAACCGCGCUGGACUCGUCUCCGGACUCGGCCCGUCGGGGGCUGUGGAGUGGUGCGGAUGGACCUCGAGUCGUGGCUGGAUGCCCGGCUUGCCUCAGCCGCAGCCUCAGGAGAAGGAGGAGGCAUGCUUGGUGGUUUUCCUGUCCAUUCAUUUUGCCUUGGUUGGACAUGACUUGCAGUUGGUGUGCCGACGCCUGUGGCAGUGGCUCACCACCGCGGCAGAGUUGUCUGCGGAGGAGACGUUGAAGAAGCAGCGGACCUUGGAAGGCUUGCAAGAGAUCCGGCGGACCAGCUACGUGGUCUCUUGUCGCACCUUCGUCCACAUCACCGCAGGCAACUGUCUAGCACACGCAACCAUGUUGUUUUGGUCGAAGGACCCGCAUUUGAUCCCACAGGUGGGUAUCAUGGGCUUGGUGUACUUGCACCACUUGACCAUUGCGAGCGGAACGUGGCAGCCCAGCAUCAAGCACAUCCGGUGGUUUUCUUCGACGAUUUACCUUUGGUUCUUGGUCUACAUCCUGUGUACUCCCAGCACGUUAUCGCUCAACGAUUCAUUGACGACCAUGAAGUUCAUCAUUUGUAGUCGCUAUGUGAUGACGGUGGUCUUCAUGGACACCAAGGUGAGCGGGGUGUUUCAGUCCUUGGCCUCCUUGGCCGUGAUCUACGUGGAGGGAUCCGUGGAUGGUCGGAGCGUGGUUCAAGCCUUGCCACUCGGAGUUCGGAUCCUUCUCUCGAUCAUCACCAUCUCCAUGUCCCUGGAGUAUUUUAUUCAAAAGCGCAUCGAGGCGCUUCUGGAGACUGCGGAUGCUGAGUCCAUGCUGAGCAGCUUCCGACGGAUGUUGAGAGGCCUUUGUGAUGGCGCUCUCUUGUUGGAUAGUGGCCUGCGGGUGCAGGGCAGCCCUGCAUGCUUAAAGCAUUUGCUGAUGACCACGACGAACUUGAAUGGCAAGGAUUUUCGAAGCUUCAUCCCGGAGGAUGAACAGCAAGCGUUUCAACACUUCCUCGAUGCCUCAGCGGAGAAUCACCAAAGCAGUCCGCCCGACGUGGCGCCCCCCUGCUUGCGCGUGUCCCUGCGGGGCGCCAUGAACUGCCGUACGGCGUGCGACAUCUUCCACGUGCCAAUGCCACUGGUGGGUGACACGUCCCAUCUGUUGGCACUCAGAGAAGAUAUCGAGAACACCGGGCGAGGGCCCCCGGAUGCGCCAGAGACCGAAGGUCCAGCUCCACUUCUACACGGCAGCUCCCUGAAGACGCCCAAGGAGUUUGACUCUGAUGAAAGGUCUAAGUCCAGCAGCUCCUCUGUGAGCUCACACCGCAAGAGCUUCGCUGGAGUGCUGCCCUUGGAGGACUUGGUGAUCAUGGUAGCGCCCAACACCUGGAGCGUGGAGCAAUUCCACGCCAGUCUUCGCUGCGAGGUUCCCAAUGGUCCCAGACUGCGGUCCUUCCUACGGCACUGGGACGAGGUGGAAAAGACCUUGAGCUGUUUUGCCACUAGCGACUUGACGUCCAUGGACACGAAGUUGAGCUUGCGGCUGUGUGGUCAUCACUUUACGACGUCAGCCAACAUUUCUCGCUUUGAAGUUCCCAGUGGCAAGACGAAGUUCCGUUUGCACAUGACCCGAUUCAGAUCGAGGUCGCAAGCAGGUAGACUUCAAGAAAUCCAUGAGUAG